GCAAGCUGGUGAGAUGGCCUCUGGUUAAAUUUUUCUCCGGUUUUAAAUAUUUUCCUGAAAAUCUGUGUAUUGUUCUGAAAUCUGUAACAAAAGUUUUAUAUUUCGGAAAAUGGGUUUAAUAUAUAUAGCAAAAUUCAGUCAUUGCUGUCGGUUCUGCUGAGUAGGAUCUGAACAUAUUGUGCUGGUUGUUUUGAGAGCAGCAAAAACUCUCUCUUUGAGGUUAGGGUUGGAUUUUGUUGCACUUGAAUUCCCUCCGCACCCUCCCCCCCCUCUUUUGUUUAUUCCUCUGUUUUCAUGGUUUCCCUCCUAGAUUUUUAAAUGUCUGAACUUGAGGGUUUCAAUUAUUGUGUAAUAAGGGUGUUUGGUUGCACAAGUUGUUAUAAUUAUUGUUGAUUCUUGGUGUCCUGAUUUCUGGGCAAUUGUUGUGUUGUUCUGAAGAAAGACAUGAGUUGCUUUCCUUGCCUUAGUCCUCGGUCCAAGGAAAGCAAAAUCGACAUUGAUAAUGGGAGAUCUAGUUCUCGACAUAUUGUGGAUUGCUCAGUUUCGGGCAGUGCACGGGGGAAGGCCAUUUUAGAUGAUAAGGAUAGUGGGAAAGGGAAUGAUCUUCCGAAGAGCCCGAAAGGAAUUGGGGCACGCAGUUUCACAUUUAAAGAAUUAGCUGAUGCAACGAGGAAUUUUAGAGAAAUUAAUUUGAUUGGGGAAGGAGGUUUUGGAAGGGUUUACAAGGGUCGCUUGGAAUCAGGGCAGAUUGUUGCAGUUAAACAACUUAAUCAAGAAGGUCUUCAGGGGAAUCAGGAAUUCAUUGUUGAGGUUCUUAUGUUGAGCCUGUUACACCAUGCCAAUCUGGUCAAGUUGACUGGCUACUGCACUGCUGGAGAUCAAAGGCUCUUGGUUUAUGAAUACAUGCCCAUGGGUAGUUUGGAAGAUCAUCUUUUUGAUCUGGAACCUGAUAAACAGCCUUUGGAUUGGAAUACUCGUAUAAAGGUUGCUGUUGGUGCUGCUCGGGGUGUUGAGUAUUUACACUGCAAAGCAGAUCCGCCUGUCAUUUAUCGUGAUCUUAAGUCUGCAAACAUUUUGCUGGAUAAUGAUUUCAAUCCAAAGCUCUCAGAUUUUGGUUUAGCAAAAUUGGGUCCUGUUGGUGACAAUACACAUGUUUCAACCAGGGUGAUGGGAACAUAUGGAUAUUGUGCUCCAGAGUAUGCUAUGAGUGGCAAAUUGACUUUAAAAUCUGAUAUUUAUAGCUUUGGUGUGGUGCUAUUGGAGCUGAUAACUGGUCAGAAGGUGAUAGAUUUAGGUAGGAAGCAUGGAGAGCAGAACCUGGUCUCUUGGUCUCGUCCUCUUUUAAAGAAUCCAAAGAAGUUUGGGCAUCUGGCAGACCCUCUGAUGCAAGGACGUUAUCCACGCCGCUGCUUCAACUAUUUAGUUGCAAUUACUGCCAUGUGUCUAAAUGAAGAAGCAACUUUCCGCCCCCUUAUUGGUGACAUCGUUGUUGCACUUGAAUACUUGGCCUCUCAGACCCGAGGCCCAGAAUCACAUAAUGUUGGGGACUGCAAUGCCACUCAAGCAUCAUCUUUACAAGAGGAGAACAAAUCCCUUGAUAGAAGAACUGGGUCCAGAAUGGCUUCAACUUCUACUUGAAGUUUGUUUGGCCGUUCGUCGUUGUCUAAUGAAACAUGGAAGAAAGACUUGGACAAUUUUCAUGUUCAGCGUGAAAUGCAUGCAACAGUAGUGGUGUAAACAUAUGCGUAUAUAUAUAUCUAUUUAUGUGUAUAUUUCUCUGUAAUAACUAGCCAUUUUUUUUGUUUCUUACCAAUAGGAUUGCUGGAUUUCAAGUAUAGGAUGAUUGGAAACUUGGUUUGUUUAGGAUUCUCGUAACAGGUUGGGUUAGCAUCAACAGGUUUUCUCUUUCCUGUGGAUACUGUGUUUUGGUGGAUAGCUACGGAUUAAAUUUGUUUUUUUUUUUUUUCCUGUAAAAGAAAAAAAAUAGUAAAAGUAAAAAUAAAUU